AAGGAGAUCCGUCUACUGAAAGAAUCCUUUCUGGUCAUAUGUUUUCUACUGAUUGGUUUUUCCCAUUGUAUACUACUCAUGUUCACUUAUUUUUAUUUAUUUAUUUAUUUAACUAUACUCCCAUUCCAUCACAAUCUUAUCUUCUUAUCUGUGUUGUGCAUAUUAAUUUGAUGUCCAUUUCUAUCGAUAUUUAUUUUUUAAAUAGUUUUGAGCGUAUUCAUAUGAGUGGGAUGUUUAAGCUCAAUCAUUUAAUUGUGUGGUGGGAAUUCUGCUUUGUUAAAAUCCGCGUUACCGCUAGAAUAUAAAAGUCGAUCAAUCUUCAAAACUUUGAUUCAUUAUUCUAAUAUUUUACACAUUUCUCAAAUAAAUUCAAGCUUACAUUGAUAAUCAAUUCUAGAUUCAU